CGGUUCGAGCGGACCGAAUGCGUGGCGGUAGGAAUAAAUUCGGACCGAUGUACAAGAGGGAUCGCGCAAGAAAGUUACAGAUGAUGCGGCAACGACAGCUCGCUGUGCAGACCCUCGCUCAACGUGGGCAGUUGGGCGAGGGCGGCGUCUACAAUAACCAGCCGGGUACAUCGCCCUUCGCCAACAUCCACAUAAAGCAGGAAAUUCAAAUACCGCAAGUAUCUUCUCUGACGUCGUCGCCCGACUCGUCGCCGAGUCCGAUAGCGGUCGCUCUUGGACAGGUCAGCGCGUCGACGUUAAUGCAGCCAGCUUCCAGUCAGCAACCGGCGCUCCAGAUCGUCGGCGUCCCGGGGACGCAGUCCUCCAUGGCGAUGGGCGGCAACGAGAACAAGCUGUGGAGCACCGCGAACUCGACGACGACGUCACCACACUCCCUUAGCCCAAAAACGUUCCAAUUCGAAACAGUGUUACCAGGCGGAAGUGCACCCCCUUCCAGUAAAAUAUCGCCCCUUAUUAGAGACUUCAUACAAGGUAUCGACGACCGCGAGUGGCAGAACUCUUUAUAUAGUCUUCUACAGAACCAAACGUAUAAUCAAUGUGAAGUGGACCUAUUUGAACUAAUGUGUAAAGUAUUAGACCAAAACCUCUUCUCACAAGUCGAUUGGGCGAGGAACUCAAUUUUCUUCAAGGAUCUCAAGGUUGACGACCAAAUGAAGUUGUUACAACAUUCGUGGUCCGACAUGCUAGUAUUAGACCACAUACACCAGCGUAUGCAUAACAGUCUGCCCGACGAGACGACGCUGCACAACGGGCAAAAGUUCGACCUUCUCAGUCUGGGCCUGCUCGGCGUUCCGACCUUGGCGGAACACUUCAACAGCAUCACGGCCAAACUUCAGGAGCUCAAGUUCGACAUCAGCGAUUACAUCUGCCUUAAGUUUCUGCUACUUCUCAAUCCAGUAGAUGUUAGAGGCAUAACCAAUAGGAAGCACAUUCAAGAGGGAUACGAUCAAGUUCAGCAAGCUUUAUUAGAAUAUACGGUGACGUGUUAUCCACAAGUACAGAAUAAGUUCCACAAAAUGUUACAAUUACUGCCCGAAAUGCACAACUUGGCGACAAGAGGCGAGGAGCAUCUGUACUACAAACACUGCAACGGCGGCGCCCCGACGCAAACGUUACUAAUGGAAAUGUUACACGCCAAACGGAAAUAACAACCAUCCGCCCUGUAUCUUUGUUACCAUAUCUGUGUGCAAUACAGGAUCAAACUGUAUAUAGGACUUUGGAAAUCUCUUAGUUGUUGACAUUGAUGCCUUCAAGAAGUACAAAGAGCCAGGGAGGUGCGCGCUCGUGCCACCGGAUAUUUUUAUAAGAUAGAUGGCGCUCUGGCAGUGCGCUCUCGGACCACAGCACCCCGCUCACUCGGUUUUUUUUAUUUAUCACGUUAUUCAUCGAUUUGAGUUUAUACCAUUGAUGACACAUUCCAGAAGUGCUCUGGAGGGAUUCAAGGGCAUCCUAGCGUAGUAGCAUUAGCGUAGCUUGUGCGAAAGUGUGUGUUGUGCGCGCGCGCGUCUCGAAGAUUGUAAUGCACCUCAUCGUUAAUAUGUUAGUACGUGCGGGGUCCGUAUUCCAUGGCUCGGCCCCCCCCAUUAGCUUAACUGUGGUGAUGGACUAACAGAUGUAAUUUUUUUCUUUGUGUAAGUAUAGAUACCCAAUUUUAUUAUUAGAUGAAUUUAUUUUUAACUAGUAUAUUAUAUAUAUAUUAUGUUUAUAAUUAUAUUAUAUAUAAAUGUUAAUUAUGUAAUAUGUGAGCAAGGUACUGUGGUCUACCUUUUGUGUUGUUGUUACAAAUUAAAUUGGUAAAUAAUA